AUGGGAAAACUGCAAAUAAUUCGAUUCGAAAACGAUCGCUUUCAAAUAGCAAAUUUACAAAUAGGAAAUAAUAUUAUUGGUCGUAAUGAUAUAACAGGGUUUAGCAAAGAACAGUUCAUUAAACAGGCUGUAACAAUUAAUUUGUCUCCGAGUGGUGAUAUAACCCUAACACCGUAUCAGAUCUCGCCUUGUUAUAUAAAAUCAAGUGGAUCAUCUCGAUGGCAUCUUCUUAAAUUAGGUACAUCUGUUCCUAUUAAGCCAGGAGAUAUUUGUUCUUUGUUAUCAAACAAAUGUUGGUUUAAAAUAAUAACUAUGUCUGAAACGACGGAGAAAGAUAAUCAUCUACUAAAAAGAAAGUGUGCCGACGAAUUAACAUUUGAACCACUGGAUAAAAAAAUAUGUUUCGACGCACCUCAAAAGUCGAUAGUUUUGCAUGACAUUGGUUCUAGCAAAUCUCAAAAUAGUAAAGAUUCUUCCAAGCCUACAGUCGUAGAAAUACCUGUCUCGAACAAAGGGAGUAGUAUCGAUGCAUCUACAUUUUCCAAAGAUAUAGAUACUAGCUUGCCAGAGAAUAAUCAAACUAUUCCAAGUCAAAUAUCGGAAGUACAAAAUCCAGAUUUAUCUAACGGUGUUAAAGAAAAUUCAAAUAUUCAAGAAAAGGAAGAGAAGAAAGUUGAAGCAAAUAUUAAACAGGAGCUUGUUAUGUCUUUCAGUGCUAAUGAUGAGUCAAAUACUUUAGUACAACAAGAUAUGCAAGAAACAACUUCUUUAUCCACACCUGAACGAAACGAACCAAAUAUAUCGAAUAUUGAGCAAGUACAAAUUAAAAGAAAUAAGUGUGUUUACAAGGAUAAAUGUUAUAGAAAGAAUCCAGAUCACAAAGUUCAAUUCAGCCAUCCAGGUGAUCCUGAUUUUGAAGAAGUUGACGAAAGACCUGAGUGUCCUUAUGGUAUCAAGUGCUAUCGCACAAAUCCUCAACACAAGGCUGAAUUUCAACAUUCCACUAUGCGACAACGAUGUGUGCCACCAAGAGUUCAAUAUGUACCUCCAGUGGAAUUAUUAUUAGAGGAUGAAUCUAGCGAUGAAUCUGUUGAUGAAUCAGAUUAUGAGCCAUCUGAUUGCGAUCACGAUGGUGUUUCUACUGAAGAGGAAAUGGAAAAUUUUAGCCAUGACAGUGACUAUGAUUUUUAUGAUUCAGAUGAAAGUAACAGUGAUCCUAAGGAUUCUAAUAGUGAAACCAAUUAAGAUAAUAGAAAAGAAAUAAUGAAAAGUUAUACUUACAGUAUAACAACAAAUUAUUGGUGUGAUAAUAUUAACAUGCAAAUAUUAAGUUGGCCAAUAUAAGUCAAUAUGAUAUUUGCUGUUUAUUCACUUAAAAAAAACUGAAUGAAUUUAUUCACAAACCCAAUAUUUUUUCAGUCUAGAAAAAUAAUAUUUUAAAUUUAUUGGCGAUAUUAUAAUUGUUGAUAUAUAUAGAAUUUCAUUAUUUUGAUCUAGGAAGAAUAACAGAAAAAUAUUUUUACAUUCAAUGAAUUGUUUUUAUUCGUUUAAAUUAU